AUGUACUGUGCUAGUGAUAAAACUAUACCUGGAGUAUCAUCAUCUCAGUCUUCGAAGAAUGUCAAAGAUGGUCGGCACAUUGAAGGUCAUUGGGUGCUGGGAAUGAUUGAAAAUGAUUGUGAAGAUUUAAGAUUAGAAGUUUGUCCCCAAAAUAUGCGAUCUUCUGAAGUUUUGAUGCCCUUGAUUAAAAAACGUGGCUGA